CAGUGGGGCAGGGCAUGGCAGUCUGCACAGACUGUUGGGAAGGCCACAUAAGUCUCAGCGCUCUGGGGCAGGAUCUGUGGGGUGAGAGUCCCAGGGGAGCAGAGACAGCAAGGCCUCAGUGGCAGGUGUCGGGGCACAGUGAGGGACUGUGGGGUGGGAAGGCGGCAGGGCGCUGUGGGUCAGCACGCUGCAGGCCCCAGGUGCUGUGGGUCACAGCGCCCUCCCCGCAGGCGCGAGGCAGCCCCAUGGCAACGGGCCGUGCCCCCCAGGCGGCCGUGGGGCCUGUGCUACGCCGGGCCGACGACACUGGGGGGGAUGGGGAGGGGCCGGAGGAGGGGGCCGUGGGGCUGGCGCCCCCCGCGCUGCCCCCCGGCAUCUCGCCAUCCCGGGCCCACCUCACCGUGGCCGUGCUCUGCUACAUCAACCUGCUCAACUACAUGGACCGCUUCACCGUGGCCGGCGUCCUACCCGAUAUUGAGGCCUUCUUCAGCAUCGGGGACGGCAGCUCGGGGCUCCUGCAGACAGUGUUCAUCAGCAGCUACAUGGUGCUGGCGCCCGUCUUCGGGUACCUGGGGGACCGGCACAGCCGCAAGCGCCUGCUCUGCCUCGGCAUCGCCCUCUGGUCCGCCGUCACCCUGGCCAGCAGCUUCGUCCCCCGCGAGCGUUUCUGGGCGCUGCUCGUGGCACGGGCUCUGGUGGGGGUGGGCGAAGCCAGCUACUCCACGGUGGCCCCCACCCUCAUCGCUGACCUCUUUGCCGGCGCCGGUCGCAGCCGCAUGUUGGGCUGCUUCUACCUCGCCGUGCCCCUCGGCAGCGGCCUGGGAUACAUCGCGGGUGCCAAGGUGAAGGAGGCCGCGGCUGACUGGCACUGGGCGCUGCGGGUGACGCCAGGGCUGGGCGUGGUGGCCGUGGUGCUGCUGUUCGUGGUGGUGAAGGAGCCGCCGCGGGGGGCCGUGGAGAGGCCCCUGGACGCCCCCCUGCACUACACGUCGUGGGCCACUGACCUGCGGGCUCUGGCCACCAACCGCAGCUUCGUGCUGUCCACUCUGGGCUUCACGGCGGUGGCCUUCGUGACGGGGGCGCUGGCGCUGUGGGCGCCCGCCUUCCUCUACCGCUCGCGCCUGGCCAGCGGCGCCCGGGAGCCCUGUCCUGAGCCCCGGGGCUGCCACGCUGACGAGAGCCUGAUUUUUGGGGUGCUGACGUGCGUGACGGGGGUGCUGGGCGUGGGGGCCGGCGUGGAGCUGUCGCGACGCCUGCGCCCCAUCACCCCCCGUGCCGACCCCCUGCUCUGCGCCGCGGGGCUGCUGGGCUCAGCCCCCUUCCUCUUCCUCGCCGUGGUCUGUGCCCGCGCCACCGUGCUGCUCACCUACGUCUUCAUCUUCAUCGGGGAAACGCUGCUGUCCCUCAACUGGGCCAUCGUGGCCGACAUCCUGCUGUACGUGGUGGUGCCGACGCGGCGGUCGACGGCCGAGGCCCUGCAGAUCGUCGUCUCUCACCUGCUGGGCGACGCCGGGAGCCCCUACCUCAUCGGCGUGCUCAGCGACCGGCUGCGCCGCGGGGCCCCCGACUCGCUGCUGGCAGCCGCCCGGGCGCUGGAGCACGCGCUGCUGCUCUGCGCCUUCGCCGGCGCCCUGGGCGGAGGCUUCUUCCUCGCCACUGCGCUCUUCCUCGAGGGCGACCGCCGCCGCGCACAGCUCGAUGCACAGCGGACGCUGCCUGCGGAGGAUGGCGAUGACGGGGAGAUCGUGGUGCCGCAGCGCGGCCGCCCCGCCAAGGUGCCCGUGUCCAGCGUCCUCAUCUGAGCCGUGGCGGGGACGGCGCGGGACCGGUUUCUACUCCAUUAAACCGUUUUUACGUCUC